GACUGAGAGUGCAGCAGCAAAUCCUGGGCCAGGCCGGGGUCGAGGACGGAGCCAACCGUCCGUUCCGGCAUUAGCUUUGGGGAUGGGUGCCCGGACCGGAAUGGCGGCGAAGCGGCUCCUGUCCGCUGUGCUCCUCGUCGCAGCUCUCGCCUGCGACGGCACGCAUGCCAAGUUCAGCAGGCACAGCUUCCCCAAGGACUUCAUCUUCGGCACCGGCUCGGCGGCGUACCAGUACGAGGGAGCAUACAAGGAAGGAGGCAAAGGGCUUAGCAUAUGGGACAAGUUCACCCACAUCCCAGGAAAAAUCUUGAACAACGAUAACGGCGACGUGGCACUUGACAUGUACCAUCGAUACAAGGGGGAUGUGCAACUCCUCAAGGACAUGAACAUGGACUCCUUCCGGUUCUCCAUUGCUUGGAGCAGGAUCUUGCCAAAUGGUUCCCUAAGUGGAGGAAUCAACAAAGAGGGCGUGGCCUUCUACAACAACCUCAUCAACGAAGUCAUCGCCAAAGGACUGCGGCCAUUCGUCACCAUCUUCCACUGGGACACGCCCCUGGCCUUGGAGGAGAAGUACGGAGGCUUCCUCAGUGAGAACAUCAUCAAGGACUACGUGGACUUCGCCGAGGUCUGCUUCAUGGAGUUCGGCGACCGCGUCAUGGACUGGACCACCUUCAACGAGCCCUGGACGUACGCGGAGCGUGGCUACUCCGCGGGGGCCUUCGCCCCCGGCCGCUGCUCGCCACACGUCUCCACGUCCUGCUUCCCCGGCGACUCGGCGCGGGAGCCCUACGUCGUGACGCACCACAUCCUCCUCGCCCACGCCCAGGCCGUGGCGCUCUACCGCGCCCGGUACCAGAAGGCGCAGCGCGGGCAGAUUGGCGUCACCGUGGUCUCCCACUGGUUCGUCCCCGCCACCAACUCCUCCGCCGACCGCACCGCCGUGCGCCGCAGCCUCGACUUCAUGCUCGGCUGGUUCCUCGACCCCAUCGUGCACGGCGCGUACCCGGGCACCAUGGCCGGGUACCUCGGCGCCCGGCUGCCCCGGUUCACGCCGGAACAGGCGCGGCUCGUCAGGGGCUCCUAUGACUUCAUCGGCGUCAACUACUACACCACCUACUUCACCACCGCCGUGCCGCCGGCCAACAAGCUCCGGCAGUCGUACGACACCGACGCCCGCGCCAACACCUCCGGCUUCCGCAACGGCGUGCCCAUCGGCAAGCCGGAGUUCGUGUCCGUCUCCUUCAACUACUCCGCCGGCCUCCGGGAGCUCCUGCUCUACACCAGCCGGCGGUACGGCAACCCGGUGUUGUACGUCACGGAGAACGGCAUCGCCGAGGGGAACAACGCGACGCUGCCACUCGCGGAGGCGCUCAAGGACGGGCACAGGAUCGAGUUCCACGCCAAGCACCUGCAGUUCGUGAACCACGCCAUCAGGGACGGCGCCAACGUCAAGGGCUACUUCAUGUGGACCUUCAUGGACUGCUUCGAGUGGGGCGACGGCUACCUCGACCGAUUCGGCCUCAUCUUCAUCGACCGCCUCAAUGGCCUCAAGCGCUACCGGAAGGAGUCAAGCUACUGGAUCGAGAACUUCCUCAAGCGAUAGAUAGAUCCUUUUCUGGUCUGGAGAGUCCAUCCACAUUGAUCGACCUCUUUUUUCAACAUCUGGGUGUUGCCAUGGCAUUUGUUUCCGAGGAGCUGGCUGUCUCCGAGAGUGUCUCGCAGAGAAAGAGGGAAUAAAGCUCACUGCGGAGAGCUAUAUAUCUGUCAGUCAAACGUACGUGUGUAUUGUAAUUCAGUUAA